AUGACACUAAAAAAAAAUAGGAAUCCAGCCUUAGCAGUUGGUUGUCAUUUUAAUGAAUAUUUGAAUGUUGAUGAAGCAUUAAACAUUGUUAAAAAUAUUUUAUUUGAAAAUUCAAAUAAAUUAUACAAAUUAAAUCUCACCCCAAAAUUACCUGAAUCUACUUUUUCUCCACUUCAAGUUGUUUCUGCUGGCAAGCAUGUCAAAUUGAUCACUGAUCUAAAAUCUAAAGGAGUAAAGUUUGUGAGAUUAGGAUUUAUGGAUUAUUGCAACCUUCAUAGAAUUCGUCUUGUACCAAUUGAUAGAUUCUUCAAUGAUGUAGUAAAUAAUGGGCUAAGUUGUGCUAAAGCUCUGUUUGGUCUUCCUUUCUAUAUGGAUACUGUGUCAGUUGGCAGUGGAGUAGGUGUAGCUGAUGAAAUGUUAUUAUUUCCAGAUCUUAAUACAAUCAAACAAAUCCCAUAUCAUCCAUCACAUGCUCACUGCCAUGCCUUCAUGAAAGAAAAAGAUGCUUCUAGAAGUGGCUUUCCUUUAUGCACAAGAACUUUACUAAAGAAUGUUUUAGAUAAGGCUGAAAAAGAACAUGGAUUAAAGUUUUUAUGUGGGUUUGAAAAUGAAUUUAUCUUGAUUAAAGAUAAAUUAUAUCACCAUCAUCCUAAGAACAAGAACAAGAAUGGUAGUAGUGAUAAAGAAAGUGAUGUUGAUGGUAAUGAUUAUAGAAAUGAGCCAAAACCAAUUGAUAAAACAACUUAUUGUUUAGCAUCAUCAUUUUCUGGUAGAUCAGCAACAAUUCUUGAUGAAAUUGUGGAAAGCAUUCAAAACCAAGAUAUUUUAGUGGAACAAUUUCAUUCCGAGUCUGCUUUUGGCCAAUUUGAAAUAGUCACUGCUCCUUAUGAUCCAUUAACAACAGUUGAUAAAUUAAUUGUAACCAGACGAACAAUCUAUGAUGUUGCGAAAUUAAAUGAUAUCAGAGCCACUUUUCUGCCUAAACCUUUCAAAGAUCAAGAAUUUUUUAUUGCUGGUGUAAUAUCACAUAUUAAAUCUUUGUGUGCAAUUACUUUACCAACUAAAAGUUCCUAUGAUCGUAUUACAGUUGAACAUUCUUGGGCAGGUGAAGCACCAAUUAGGAUUUGUAAGAAUUCAGUAUCUGGUAUAAAUUUUGAAUUUAAAUUUGUUGAUGCCACUUCAAAUCCUUACUUGGCUGUUGCUGCAAUAAUUUCUGCUGGAAUUGAUGGAAUUGUUAAAAAAUUAGCUUUAAACACUAAACCAAUCUCUAUUGAUCCUGGUCAUUUAUCUGAUGAAGAGCGCAAAUCUAAUGGAAUUGAAAAAUUACCAGCAACUUUAAAAGAAUCUUUAGACUCUUUAAAACAAGAUAAAGUGUUGAUUAAAUGUUUAGGAGAAAAAAUUAUUCAAUGUUAUGUGGCCGUCAAAGAACUAAAGAUUUAUACAAUGUUUUACUUGAAAAAUAUUAAAAUGGAUACUGUAUUAGUAUUACAAAUGUCAACCUCUAAAUUUUGUAAUAAACUUAUUUUAGAAUUUUUCAUUGAACGACAAUUAAAAUUGAUUUCACCACAACAUUCUUCAAAAUUUGGCAUUACUGACAAAUAUUGUGCUGAAUCAAUUUUAUUUUAUUUAUUACAUUCAGGAACUUUUUAUCAUUUAAUGGAAAACUUUUUGAAAAUGAUGCUUGAAUAG